AUAGACCAAUAUAUUCACAACAAGAUGGAUUCUAACUUCUUAAUUGACUUCAUGAUGGGUGGUGUUUCCGCCGCCGUCUCCAAGACCGCCGCUGCUCCAAUUGAAAGAGUCAAGUUGUUGAUCCAAAACCAAGACGAAAUGCUUAAGCAAGGUCGUUUGGCUAGAAAGUACGAUGGUAUUGCCGAAUGUUUCAGAAGAACCGCCGCUGAAGAAGGUGUUGGUUCUUUCUGGAGAGGUAACACUGCCAACGUUAUCAGAUACUUCCCAACCCAAGCCUUGAACUUCGCUUUCAAGGACAAGUUCAAGGCCCUCUUCGGUUUCAAGAAGGACGAAGGUUACUGGCCAUGGUUCGCCGGUAACUUGGCUUCCGGUGGUCUUGCUGGUGCCACUUCUUUGGCUUUCGUUUACUCUUUGGAUUACGCCAGAACCAGAUUGGCCAACGAUGCCAAGUCUACCAAGAAGGAAGGUGGUGCCAGAGAAUUCAACGGUUUGUUAGAUGUCUACAAGAAGACCUUGGCUUCUGACGGUAUUGCUGGUUUGUACAGAGGUUUCGGUCCAUCCGUUGUUGGUAUCAUUGUCUACAGAGGUUUGUACUUCGGUUUGUACGACUCCUUGAAGCCUGUUGUCUUGGUUGGUCCAUUGGAAGGUUCUUUCUUGGCCUCUUUCUUGUUGGGUUGGACUGUCACCACCGGUGCUUCCACCGCCUCUUACCCAUUGGAUACCGUUAGAAGAAGAAUGAUGAUGACUUCUGGUCAAGCCGUUAAGUACGAUGGUGCUUUCGACUGUUUCAAGAAGGUCGUUGCUGCUGAAGGUGUCAAGUCCUUGUUCAAGGGUUGUGGUGCUAACAUCUUGAGAGGUGUCGCCGGUGCCGGUGUUAUCUCCAUGUACGACCAAUUGCAAGUCAUUGUCUUCGGUAAAAAAUUCAAGUAAACUAAUUAAUAAUCGGUAAAUA